UAGAGUCGACUAUCUCGAGUACAGACUUCAGUGGACCUUUAGACGCUGUAUGAUACAGCAAGAAAACUAAUGAGAGAUUAAAUGGGGAAGUGUCAGAGUAAAGCAAAGACUGAGUGGGAAACGGCUCCUAAAAUCCUUUCGCCAGUCGUGAAAUUCAUGACUGAAAAAGAUGAAGCAUCAAUGAGACAAUUUGAUAAGUGGGUUGAAAUGGGGUUUCCGGCAAAUGGAAGCUUUAGUCUGAGAACAUUGGACCAGUUCAAGACCAUGUUGGAGAGAAAGGAAAGGAGAGAUGCAGAAGAGCACGCAGGCUUGUCCAAAAAACAGCAGAGGAAUAACCUUCCAUUCAAAGCAGACUGGAACGCAUAUAGUGCUUGGAGAGUGGAGGCCGAACUGAGGGAAAGGAAAAGACUCAGAGGAGAAAGACGCAAUAGAGAAAAACUGGAUAAGAAGGAGAGAAAUAAAAAGAAAGACAUUAGAUCACCAGAACAAACUAACACACUUUAUCCUCCUUUGCCCGAGGCAUGCAAAUCACAGAGUCUGUUCUGGCUGGAUCCCGACCUGGCCUCCGCUCCGCCUCCUCCUUAUGCUCCAGAUCCAGUCCGGGUACCAGUCCAGGAUUUAAUCCAAGCUCCAGAGCCGAAAGAAGAUAAAGUCCUUGCUGCUGCCGAGCCUGCUGCCUUAGGGCAGGAGCCGUCCCGUGAGAGCGCUGACCAGGGCCCAGACCCCGCUGUGAGACCCGCGUCUUCCAUGAACUCGUACAGAAGAAGCCCUCCGCCGUCAGAACGAGAUCAAUACGAACUGAGACAAGGUAAAGCCGAUAUCCUAAAGAAUGAAAGCGCAGAGACUGCAGGGACGGGAGGGCCGACGCUGGAUUUCCGACCGUGGUCGGAAGAGGACAUUGAUGAAGCAAUGGCUUACGUGACCAGCCCGACUGAAGACUUGGAGAGCUUCACAAAGCAGCUGGAGCAGUUUGCUAAAGAAUACAGGCCCACAAUGACUGAGCUGAGGCGACUGAUGAGCAAAGUGCUCAAACACGACUUUCACAAAGUAUCGGCAUACUUCACUCCAGAUAUACAAGGCUGCAGACUGAAGCACGCCGAGUACAGCAAUGGCGACAAUGCCCAGUACAGACUGGCUAUCACCGGCCUCGUUAUUGCCUGCCAAUCUGCUUUCCCAGUCCAAGUAAAUCUAUCCAACAUCACCACUUUGGCGCAGGGCUCAACAGAAACCUGUAGGGCUUUCCUAGCACGCCUGACUGAAGUCUUUGAUCUCUAUAGCGGUCUAAAACGAGGACAGAUGGGGGUAACUCCGAUGCUCCCUUAUGAAGUGUAUCUGAAAGAAUAUUUUCUGGGCCGGAUAAAGCUAGACAUCGCUGCUGAAGUGAAGAGAAGUUGUAUUUCAUGGAAAACAGAGUCACUUCAAAGGAUACUGGAACACGCUAUACAUGCAGAAGAUCAAUUAGAGGCUAGAGAACAAAGAAAGAAAAUCCGUCAGCAGAAGAAACUGGAGAACGCACUACUGACAACGCAUAGAUCCCUCACAGGCCAAAGACACGAGCCUCAGCGGGGACGAGGUGGACAGCGAGGCCAUUACGAUCCAUGUGUUUGCCACUGCUGUGGGAAAACUGGACAUUGGCGGGUGGAUUGUCCGAAGUGGAAAGGGAGCAUAUUCAAAGGCGGACUAAGAGCGGGGAGAGGAGGCGGGACGGACCAGCCUGUCACACACACACCAAUGGGUGGCACCUGGCUCUCCUCCACACCUGAUCCAAAUCACCUCUGCUCUUGAAAUACUCCCGGUCUCCUGUCACUCAUCUGCAGAUUGUUUUUGCCUCCUCGUGAGCCUCGUCUCCAGUGCCUCCCUGUGCUGUACUCCUCAAACCACUACCAGCCCACUACGCCUCUUCAGCCUGCCUGCGAUCGUCGGCCUCGAUCCCUCCUCCACUACCCCGGCUUCUUUUUGUGUUGUUCAUUAAAAUACCGUUUUACUUUGCAACGAGUCGGGUCCACUUCACUCACUAAAAAUAUAUUCUAUAACCGUUAAUAUUUUUUUUUAAGUAUGAUUUUAGUAAAAGUUUUAAUUGUUAGGAAUUUGAUACCAAAACAACA